UCCCUCCCACCUCCCUUCCGGCUGCUUUCUUCUCUUUCCUUUGCAAAAGCUUCCUCGGACCCUGCAGCUUGUUUUGGCUCCUUGACUCCUCAGGAAGGAUGAAAGAGACGGAUCCUGCCAAGCUAGCGAGGAUGGAAGGGGGAAGAUGGACGGUUGACCUGGUGAGGUUGUCUCCUGCAUCCCUCCUCACAACCUCUGAGCGUUCCCUCCCAGGGACCUCCAAGAGAUCUGAUGGUGAUGAAUUGGAAGGGAAGAACAAGGGGGACCAGAACAGAAUCCACAUAGUGGAGAAGCCAUAUGAAUAUUCAGAGUGUGGAGAGAACAUCCAUCAGAGCUCCCAGUCCAUCUCCCGUCAACGAAAGAGCUUCGUUCGGAGGGAUAGCCUCACUUCACACAAAAGAACUCACAGUAGAGAGAAAUUGUAUGAGUGCAGAGAAUGUGGAAAGAGCUUCAAUCGGAAGUAUAGUCUCACUUCCCAUCAAAGAAUUCAUACAGGGGAAAAACCCUAUCAGUGCUUUGAAUGUGGAAAAAGCUUCCGUCACAGCAGUGGUCUCUCUUCCCAUCAAAGAAGCCAUACAGGGGAGAAACCCUAUCAGUGCAUGGAGUGUGGAAAGAGCUUCAGUCGAAAGGAUCAUCUCACUUCCCAUCAAAGAAUUCAUACAAAGGAGAAACCCUAUCAGUGCUUCGAAUGUGGAAAGAGCUUCCGGGAACGGACUAAGCUCUCUUCCCAUCAAAGAAUUCAUACAGGGGAGAAACCCUAUCAGUGCUUCGAAUGUGGAAAGAGCUUCAGCGAGGGGUCCUAUCUCAGUUCUCAUCAAAGAAUUCAUACCGGGGAGAAACCAUAUCAAUGCCUGGAAUGUGGAAAGAGCUUCAAUCAGAAGGGUAAUCUCAUGUCCCAUCAAAGAACUCAUACAGGGGAGAAAACAUACCAGUGUUUGGAAUGUGGAAAGAGCUUCCGGAAGGAGAUUAAGCUCAUGAGCCAUCAAAUAAUUCAUAAAGGGGAGAAACCUUUUCAAUGCCUUGAGUGUGGGAAGAGCUUUCGUCACCGGCUGAGUCUCACAUUCCAUCAAAGAAUUCAUACAGGGGAGAAACCCUAUCAGUGCUUAGAAUGUGGAAAGAGCUUUAGUCAAAGCGCACAUCUCACUGCCCAUCAAAGAAUUCAUACAGGGGAGAAACCCUAUAAAUGCCUAGAAUGUGGAAAGAGCUUCAGUCUCAGGCAGAGUCUCAAUACCCAUCACAGAAUUCAUACCGGGGAGAAACCCUAUCAUUGCUUAGAAUGUGGAAAGAGCUUCCGGGAUCGGACUAAGCUCUCUUCCCAUCAAAGAAUUCAUACAGGGGAGAAACCUUUUCAAUGCCAUGAGUGUGAAAAGAGCUUUCGUCACAGAGUCACUCUCACUACCCAUCAAAGAAUGCAUACCGGGAAUAAACCCUAUCAGUGCUUGGAAUGUGGAAAGAGCUUCAAUCAGAAGGGUAAUCUCACUUCCCAUCAAAGAACUCAUACAGGUCAGAAACCCUAUCAGUGCUUGGAAUGUGGAAAGAGCUUCAGUCACAGGCACAGUCUCACUUCUCAUCAAAGAAUUCAUACAGGUGAGAAACCCUAUCAGUGCUUGGAAUGUGGAAAGAGCUUUCGUCAGAAAGGUAAUCUCGAUUUGCAUAGAAGUGUCCAUACAGGGGAGAAACCCUAUCAGUGCCUAGAAUGUGGGAAGAGCUUUCGUAUCAGUCACAGUCUCACAUCGCAUCAAAGAAUUCAUACAGGAAGGAAACCCUAUCAGUGCUUGGAAUGUGGAAAGAGCUUCAGUAACUCCAGCAAUCUCACUUGCCAUCAACGAAUUCAUACAGGGGAGAACCCUAAGAAUUCAUACACAGGGAAGACCAAAAAAGAAAAGCAAUAAAGCCAAAUUAAGCAACCCGUAGAAAACACAGUUGUAUGUGAAAGAGAAAGGGGCCGAGGAGAAUAACUAAAAAUACCCUUUAUCACAUCUGUAUCUUAUAACAAUAGAAUGGGAAACACCAGAGAUCUGUUCAAGAAAAUUGGAGAUAUGAAAGGAUUAUUUUGUGCAAAGAUUACCAUAAUAAAGGACAAAAGUGGUAAGGACCUACAGUGAGGGGGGGAGUAUUUGAUCCCCUGCUAUAUUUGCCCGUUUGCCCUCUGAUGAAAAAUGAUCACUCCAUAAUUUUAAUGGUAGGUUUAUUGUAGCUGUGAGAGAUAGAAUAACAACCUGGAAACCCUCAGAAAGCCAGAAGACAAAAGUCAGAGAUUGAUGUCCAUUAUGAUGAGUGAGAUAAGUAUUUGAUCCCUUAUCAACCAGCCAGAUGUCAGGCUACCUGGUAUCUUCACUGUAUGUAACAAGCUGAGAUUAGAAGCACCUGCUGUAAGGGAGAGGUCUUACCUGUAAUCCCAGCUCGUUACAGUACAUGUACAAAAGACACCAGUUGACAGAAGCAAUCAAUGCUUGGCUUUCUUUUUUUGUAUUUUGUGUGAAAAUAAAAUAAAAUAAUUAAAAAAUUAAAAAAGUGAGAACAAUGUUGAUCCAGUUCACAAAGUUCUCAAGAAGGUAAACAAAAGACUUAAAAAAAACCCAAAACCAGUACAAGGCAGGUUCGCCUGUUUUAAGUCAUGCACAAAAAAAGGCUGACAUUUGCUCAAUGUCCAAAGAAGCAAUUUAUCUGCACAGCAUGUCCUUAAUUUAUGGAAUGUAUUGCCGGAACACAUGGUGGUAGAUACUGCCUUAGCUGGCAUUCAAAUCAAAAUAAAAGGAUUAGAAAACCAAUUUUUUUAAAAAACGAAUCAGCGAUAAAUUUUAAAACAGAUUUUUUUCAUACCGUGAAGUUCAGAGCCCAUCUUUUUCACGGGAUCCUUAUGAAAUUUAGGAAUGUCUGCAUUCCCACAUUUGGGAAACCCUGAGAGCGUGGGACCCACGAGGCCACAGGAGAGCCAUGGCGUCUCUGAGAGCAGCUGGGGCUUCCAGAAGAAACAACAUGGCAUUCCUCCCUGUUUUGGAAAAGGGUGGGAAAUGCCAUCUCCUGGCCCUGUCGUCUCACUGGGCUCCUCCUGGGCCUGUCUGGA